CAAUACGCAGACCAUGGGCCGAGAAGAGCAGAAAGAGGAGCGCGAGGUGCUCGACUCCAUCUUCCCGGACGAGAUCCAGGACAUUUCCGAAACUGAAUUCCGCAUUACCAUCCCGCUUGACACGCCCGAGUCACAGGCCGCAGAGGCACAGGCGCAAGCGGAAGAUGGAGAGGCCGAGGACGAGCGCGUGCAUAUAAUCCUCAAUGUGCGGUACCCAGAGGCCUAUCCUGACGAGCCACCUAUUCUCGACAUCACUCAGCCGCCCAAUGCGCCCAAAUAUGAGCACCUCGACAUCCAAGAAGACAAGCAGCGCCUGCUGGAUGCGCUGCAGCCAGAGAUGGAAGCUUCGCUAGGCAUGCAAAUGGUCUUCACCUUGCACUCCACGUUGAAGGAGACCGCGGAACAGCUCAUAUUGGAACGGUACCAGGCUGUGAUCGCCGUGCUGGACGCCGAAAAAGCUCGCAUUGAAGAAGAGGAGAACAAGAGGUUCGAGGGCGAGAAGGUCACACGGGAAAGCUUUCUGGCCUGGAGAGACAAGUUCCAGAAGGAGAUGGCGGAAGAGGCAGAGAGGAAGCGACUGGAGCUAGAAGCUGAAGAAAAGAAGAAGAGGGGAGGGAAAGAUUUGAAGGAGGUUCUGACUGGGAGACAGCUAUGGGAGCAAGGUCUGGCUGGCAAGACUGCGGAUGAUGAAGAUGAGGGUGACGAUGCGAUCACAGAAGGGGUGAGACAGGUCAAGGUCGGAGGAUAAGUUUGAUGACAUGCUGCUUGACAGCAUGCAUCGUGCACGUUUGCCGAAGUGAAGUCGAUACGGACCCGUGCCCGAUGUUACGGCGACUGUGGCAUUCGCACACCACUGAGCCCUCGUCAAGCGACACCAAAGUGAGCUGAUGAAGUCAGGCUCAGAGGUUGGCUCAAUAUGAUAGUGACGAAGCGCCAGAUCCGCGUCCAACGCAGCGGUUUGAUUCGAGAUCCCACAGCUCCGGCCUGGCGUUGGCGGCAAGCUCAAAUGCAUUCCGAGGUCAACGAAAAGUGGUGCACAUGCUCUCAGCAAAGCAGAUACGAUGUUUGUCGAGUAGUAAACCUGGCCGCCGAAAGGAAUUGCUCGGGCC